ACCCGUAAACUCCUGCGUUAGGAAGGGCUCUCAGAAGCCGCAACGGCUGGUUGUUGUAGCUGGGACCCGGAAGCAGUACAGGCGAAUGACCAAAGAAGCUGGGUGGGACUAGGGGACUAGGUGGGAAAGAGGACCCAGCCCAGCGGUGUGCGGGGAGGAGUCUCAGGAGGCAAGGAGUUGGCUGGAUCUCACUGGGGCCCAGCUGUACACCAUCACCAAGGACCAGAAUCACCACCGGUGCCGCACGGUCUGAAGGUCCCGCCUUCCCAACAGGCCUCGCCCCGGGAAGACCCUGCCCCACAGCAGACCCCGCCCUAUGGAAGGCCUCGCCCUCGUCCGCCCUGCCUCCGCGCCUGCCCGCUGCGAAUCAGCGCUGACUCCCAGAAUGCUUUGGGGCUUGGCUUGUGCUUCCGCCCAAAGUCAGGCCCGGCGUCUACCGAGAAGGCGCGAUCCUGGAGCGAGUGGUCUGAAGCAUAGCCCACGGGCAUAGCCUGGGCCCGGGGCAAACCUGCGCUUUGCAGCCAGAGCUCCGCCACUGCCUGCUCGGAACUACGUUUCCCAGCGGCCACUGCGCAGGACCACGCCCACUUCCGGUGGCGGCGCUCUUCGCUGGGCGAGCUUCGGGGCCGCAGCGCUGCUUUCCUGGGACACUGCCCUCCAGGAGAGGAACCCCAGGCUGGAGGCCGCAGGGACAGGAGCUAAACUUAAAGUCAUGUCCCAGGGCUUGGUGACAUUUGGGGAUGUGGCUGUAGAUUUCUCCCAAGAGGAGUGGGAAUGGCUGAACGCCACCCAGAGGAGUCUGUAUAGGAAGGUGAUGUUGGAGAACUACUGGAACCUGGCAUCGCUCGGCCUCUGUGCUUCUAAGCCUGAUAUGAUCUCCUCACUGGAGCAAGGACCAGAUCCUUGGAUGGCGAGGAGAAAGCGAACAGGAGGCCAGCACCCUGAUUGGAAGGCUGUGUGUGAGACCAAGGAAUUUCCUCCAAAGAACUCAGCUGAGGAAAAGCUGUGCCAGGCAGCUGGAACACAGAGGCCCACAAACUACAGCCUGGAGUACUCUUUGAUGGGGGAGAGCUGGAAUUAUGAUACUCUGUUCAAGACACAGCCGAACAUGGUGACCAGCGCGAAUGUGGCUGUAGGCUUUGCCCCGCAGCUGGAGCCAGCGCAGAAGAGUUUCUGUAAGACUGUGCUAUGGGAGAACCAUGGUGCCCUGGGGGCCCUAGGCCACUGUGUUUCAAAGCCAGAUUUAGUGGCUUUCCUGGAGUCGGGGAAGGAGCACUGGGUGGUGCAGAGAGAGCUGGUGGCAGGGCUGUUCCCAGGUCAACAAUCUGUACAUGAGACCCAGGAAUUGUUUCUGAAGCAGAGCUCAUGUGCUGAGGUGGCCACAGAGAGAACUUCAGCUGCUAACCUUCAGUGCUCCACUUCCCGAGAAAGUUGGGGUUCUGAUUGUGUGUUUGAAAGGAAGCUAGCUGACCAAGAGAUACAACUCAGGCAAAAGGCCGCUUCUCAUAAUAGAGCUCUCCCAAAGGAGAGAGAGCACAUGUAUAACAGAUCUGGAAGAUGGUUCCAUUUGGACAAUUCAGAAGAAAGACUUCAUAAUGGCAUUUUGGGUAAAAAUUUCAAAAAACCCUCAGUGUUAAUAAAACAGACAGGAAUCUAUGCAGGAAAAAAGCUUUUCAAAUGUAAUGAAUGUAAGAAAACCUUUACCCAGAGCUCAUCCCUUACUGUCCACCAGAGAAUUCACACUGGAGAGAAACCCUACAAAUGUAAUGAAUGUGGAAAGGCCUUCAGUGAUGGCUCCUCCUUCGCCCGACAUCAGAGGUGUCACACAGGCAAGAAGCCCUACGAGUGCGUGGAAUGUGGGAAAGCCUUCAUCCAGAACACAUCCCUUAUCCGUCACUGGAGAUACUACCACACAGGGGAGAAGCCCUUUGACUGCAUUGAUUGUGGGAAGGCUUUCAGCGAUCAUAUAGGGCUUAAUCAGCACAGGAGGAUUCACACUGGAGAGAAACCUUACAAGUGUGAGGUGUGUCACAAAUCCUUUAGGUACGGCUCAUCCCUUACUGUACAUCAAAGGAUUCAUACCGGAGAAAAACCGUAUGAGUGUAACGUUUGCAGGAAAUCCUUUAGCCAUCACGCAUCACUCACGCAACAUCAAAGAGUACAUUCUGGGGAGAAGCCUUUUCAGUGUAAAGAAUGCGGGAAAGCUUUCAGGCAGAACAUACACCUUGCGAGUCACCUGAGGAUCCACACGGGGGAGAAGCCCUUUGAGUGCAGGCAGUGUGGGAAGUCCUUCAGCAUCAGCUCCCAGCUCGCCACUCACCAGAGGAUCCACACGGGGGAGAAGCCCUAUGAGUGCAAGGUCUGCAGCAAAGCCUUCACCCAGAAGGCCCACCUCGCCCAGCACCAGAAGACUCACACAGGAGAGAAGCCAUACGAGUGUAAGGAGUGUGGGAAGGCCUUCAGCCAGACCACGCACCUCAUCCAACACCAGAGGGUCCACACUGGAGAGAAGCCCUACAGGUGUGCGCAGUGCGGGAAGGCCUUCGGUGAUAACUCAUCGCGCACUCAGCACCAGAGACUGCACACUGGCCAGAGGCCUUAUGAGUGCAUUGAAUGUGGGAAGGCCUUCAAGACGAAGUCAUCCCUCAUUUGUCACCGCAGAAGCCACACUGGAGAAAAACCUUACGAGUGUAGUGCAUGUGGCAAAGCCUUUAGCCAUCGCCAGUCCCUGAGUGUGCAUCAGAGGAUUCAUUCCGGGAAGAAGCCGUAUGAGUGUAAGGAGUGCAGGAAAACCUUUAUCCAGAUUGGACACCUUAACCAACACAAGAGAGUUCAUACUGGAGAGAGAGCCUGUAACUACAAGAAGAGCAGGAAAGUCUUCAGGCAGGCUGCACACUUUGCCCACCACCAGCGGAUUCACUCUGGAGAGCCAUCCACUCACCCCUCGUUGCCUUCUGCAUCAAGUCCUGUGGAUCUGUUCCCCGAGUUUCUCUGGAAUCCAUCCUCUCUGCCCUCAUCAUAGUGUCAAGACAUUGUUGUUCACAUACAGUCCAGUCGUUUACACACUCAUCUCUCUGCUCUUCUGUUUUGGUCCCUGACAAAUUCACUCUUAACAUUACAGUCAGGCUGAUUUUUUAAAAAGCGUAAAUGUAAUUCACUCAUAUAAAGCUCAUAUUGUGAUCU